AUGGCCAAAAAGAAAUCUAAACAAAAAUACCAAGGCUCCAACCAACAAAACCCACCUCCAAAACCAAAAGUUUCAACUUUGACAAGAAAUGAGGAAACCGAGAGGAAAUUUGCUGAAGAAACUGUUACUCUGAAAGAUGAACCGGAGAAGGUCAAAUGUUUAACUGAGAAGAAGAACGACUUGCUGGAGAAAAACAUUGAAGAUAUGGUCCAAGAUGUUGGGACUUUGAGAAGCAAGAUUGAAACGAAUAAGAAGGAACUAAAGGAUAUGCAUAAGAAGAUUCUGGACAUUCUUGCAGAAAAAGUUACCGGUGAAAAUGAAAAUUCUGAUCUACAAGAAGAUGUGAGUGAUCUAUGGACUGCUGUGAACAUGCUGAUAGAUAGGUUGCAUAAUUCCCUUUUGGAGGAGAAGGGUAGUUUUAAUGAUUUGAGAGCUAAAAUGGAAUCAACCACCAUUAGUCACGGGAAGGUAUUGGCAUUGCUGAGCAACACUGCCUCACUGUUAUGCCAAUCUCCUAUUGCCGAAAAGAAGCCUGAAGAAGAAACCGAACCAAUUUCAACCGAAUUGGAGGCACUCAAACAAGCAUUCAAGAAAAAACAUACAUUGAUUCAAGAUUUGAAGCAGAAAGUUGAGGUUAUGGAGGAAAAUAUUGAUGAAUCCCAAAAGGAAAAUAGUUUGAGGAAAGAGAUGAUAACGGUAAUUGAGGAAAAUGAGAGGAAACUUGCUGAAGAAAUGGUCAAGUUAUUGGAGGAAAGGGAAUCAGCUAGAAUAGUGAUGGAAAUGAACAAGAAGGAACUAAAGGAUAUGAAGAAGAAGAUUCUGAACUUUCUUGAGGAGUUUCUUGGAGAUAAAGGUACUGGAGAAAGUGAAAAUUCUGAGAAACAAGAUGUGAGUGUUCUGUGGAUUGUUGUGAACAGGCUGAUAGAUAGGUUGCAGAUUUCCCUUUUGGAGGCGAGGAACAAGAAAAUCCAACAAGCAUUUGAGAAUGAAGAGACAGUGACUCAAGGUUUGAAGCUGAAAGCUGAGGCUAUGGAGAAAACUAUUGUGGAAUCCCAAAAGAAGAAUAGUUUCUGGAAAUCGGUCUCCUUGGCAACAACUAUCAUGGCUGCAGUAACCUUUGCCUAUGCUGCAAAACGAAGAUGGAGGAUUUGA